AAUUCCCAGAAGCUGUAACUCAGCAUUGAGAGCUUCUUCUCACAGUUUUUCUCCACAGCUCUUGGGUGCCCCACACAACGGUCCCCUCCUUCCCAAAAUCCAGAUGAAGAAGUUUCUCUUACUAAUGAGCCUUUAUCUGCUUGGAUAUGCCAGAGAUGGUGAAUCUUUAUACGAGACUUCUUCAGGCGAGAACACUUUAAGUGAGCAUGCUUCAGGCAAGCACGCAUCGGUUGAACACACUUCGAGUGAGCACACUGCAAGUGAGCACGCUGUGAGUGAGCAUACUGCGGGUGAGCAUGCUGCAGGUGAGCACACUGUGGCUGAACAUGCUUCAGGUGAGCAGGAUGCAGGUGAACACGCUGCAAUUGAACACGCUUCAGGUGAGCACGCUGCCGGUGAGCAGGUUUCUGGUGAACAACCUUCAGGUGAACAGCCUUUGGGUGAACAGCCUUCUGGUGAACAGUCUUCAGUUGAACAAGCUUCAGGUGAACUGUCUUCAAGUGAACAGCCUUCAGGUGAACAGGCUUCAGUUGAACAGCCUUCAGGUGAAAAGCCACUGGGUGAACAGCCUUCAGGCAGUCCAUCAACAAGCACAUUUUCAGGCCCCGUAUUAAAUUGCCACACAUGCUCCUUUAUGAACGAUCAAGGAAAAUGUCUUCGUGGAGAAGGAGUAUGCUCCACUCAGAAUUCCCAGCAGUGCAUGUUAAAGAAGAUAUUUGAAGGUGGAAAACUCCAAUUCAUGGUUCAGGGGUGUGAGAACAUGUGCCCAUCUAUGAACCUCUUCUCCCACGGAACCAGGAUGCAAAUUAUAUGCUGUCAGAAUGAGUCAUUCUGCAACAAGAUCUAGAAGCCUGUACCCUUGCUUCCUGCUCUGACUCAGGCAGCAAAAAUUCUCCAUCACCUUACUGGGCUCAAUUUAUAGUUAGUUUUUUCCCCAGUCAACAUCUGAUCACAUUUGCCUCUGCCUGAGUGUCAGACAGUAUGCUCAAGUAUCUUUUCUCCUCUAUCCAUGCUCUGUUACACAUUCUUCUCUGUCCUCUGUCUUCUCUGUUCCCCAAACCCAUCUCUCAACAUUCUUUUCUUUUUUAAUAAACACUGCAUGGUUAAAGAA